GGGAGUAGUUACAUGGUGAAUAUUGUUUGGUGAAGAGAAAGUACGAAAGUUUCCGAGAAAUUGACGAAUUUAUUCCGGAGAAUUCACGAACAUAACAUAGAUGACGCAAUGAAACCGGAGCGACGAAAAUAGCCAAGAUGGCGGCUGCCGUACGGUUCCGUGCAGCGAGUUUUUCUCCAGGAAAGAAACUAGUUUGUAAAUAUGUCCAAAGGUCAUUUGUUACAUCUACCAGCCGUCAUCUUUCAACAAACGCCGGUAUCAAGUCUCAAACUCUUAACUCAUCAGAAAGGCGGACAAAUACAGGUGUUAUAACACCACAUUCUAGAAUACUGGUACCUUCUAAGUACGAUGUGUCCUCUAAAAGAACAUUUAUCAAGACAUUUGUACCCGAUCCCUUUAAAUCUACUCGAAGGAAAAAAUAUUCAGAACGGAAAAUAAUGGGAUAUUCAAUGGAAGACAUGUAUAAUGUCGUGGCAGACGUUGAUGAUUACAAGCACUUUGUACCAUGGUGCAGGGAUUCUACAACAUUUAGACGGCGCCCAGGAUGCUUCAAAGCUAAACUUUGUGUGGGGUUUCCACCGUUAUUAUCAGAAAAAUAUACAUCAACAGUGACUAUUGUGCCACCUAAUCUUGUUAAGUCUGAAUGCACAGAUGGGGAGAUGUUUAAUUACAUGUUGACAGUGUGGAAGUUUGGUCCUGGUCUUAAAGACAAUCCUAACACCUGCACAUUGGAUUUUUUUGUAGAAUUUGAGUUCAAGUCCUUACUGCAUUCAAGGCUGUCAACUAUGUUUUUCGAUGAAGUAGUGAAGAAAAUGGUGCGAGCGUUUGAGGAUAGGUGUGCAUACCUUUAUGGCCCUCAGCGACUCAAAAUGGGUAUAAAAUCACGUACACCAAACCCAGAUACCAGAUGAUGUUAGCUAGAGUAUAGGAUAGUCUGCAAUCAUAUUCCAGAGUAUAAUUUCAUCCCAACUUAAUUAUUUAACACAGUUACAGUAUAAUAAACAGGUCUACUGUAAAACUCUGAAAAUGAGCUCAUGUGCUUACACUAUGGACCUUUAAAUAUAUCUGAAUUUACACUUUAUUUUGAUAUAUACACUGAUAUGCAUACUAUACAAUUUUAAAAGCAGCCCUCUGCAGAAAGAUGGUAUCUAUUUAGAAAAAACCCUGGUCUUGGCCUAUUUUAUUGUUUGGUUGUCUCUUGAGCAAAUAAUGUUUUCUGCUCUUGAACAGCCAAAGCACAGAGCAACGUCUUUUUGAUUAGCCAAACAACACUCUCAGAGCCUUGCGUGUCAUCAGGGCCAUAGCACAGAGCAACGUCUUCUUGAUUAGCCAAACAACAAUCCCAGAGCCUUGCGUGUCAUCAGGGCCAUAGCACAGAGCAACGUCUUUUUGAUUAGCCAAACAACACUCCCAGAGCCUUGCGUGUCAUCAGGGCCAUAGCAGUGGGUGGGGCUGUGCCCCCCCCCCCCCCCAAUACUUUCUAGAUGUUUCCUUAUUGUUCUCACAAUCAUUAUUACCUGCUAGGGCUCUGGUCAUUCAGUUACUGGCAAGCCAAGCUCAGUACCACAAAAGAAAAACUGUAGCUAGGUUUGAGACCCUGGAGCUUGGGUAGUUUAAUACCCAGUGGGGCUAAAAUGUUGCAGGCUUAUUUUGUUAACAGUAUAUCAGUGAUAUGAAGAGUGGGCUUAUUUUCAGAGUUUUAAGGUAUCUAUUUUUAUAAGAAUUGUAUAAUAGAGCAAUAAACACGGACUGUUUACCAACUUUUGUUAUUUAUAAACUUUCUAUAAAUAUCAAAGCAUCAAGUAUGCCUACUAA